UGGAACGUGUUGAUCAUGAAAUGGUUUAACCUGGUUUCUGCUUGCCAUGACGUGGUUUAGCUUGUUCUUGAUGGUCAUUGGCUGGAUUAAACUUGGUUAAGCAGGAUAUAAGCUGGUUUAAGAUGGUUCUUUGCUGAUCCAGUUUAAACCACCUCCUGGCCCUGCAAAAAACAGCAAGUAUAACAAGCAUAAACUAGCAGCCAUGCGUUAAAACCUACCUAACCUGCAUAUGCUGUUUUUAUCAGCACAUGAUUUUUUUGACAGAUCAAAACACACCCUCAAAAAUAAAGAGUUCAUUCACUCAAAAAAAUCCUCAACAUUAAAACACGCUGCCUUCCUGCAUGCCAUGAGGGACUUUAUUUAGUCCUUGAAACACAUUUCAAGUCACAUUUACAAAACACGGCCUCUGUCAGUAAGAAGACGGCGGCUCCAGCGAGAAACAGAAACUGUCAGCUUUAUCUCAGUGCACUCUGAACUCUGUGAAAGGGACGACAGAUAGAUAGAGGAGAAGAGAAGAGGUGUGUCUGUGCGGCGUCGGACAGGUUUACUGCCUCUGGCCAGUGAGACGCUCUCAUUAUUUGCAUGUGAAAACUUGAGUCUCCACCCUUCAGCAGGUUCUCAGCACUUCUCCUGUUCAGACACAUUCAGGGUUUAUCAGAGACUAGCAAACUCCCUUUUGGCUUGUGAAAUACCUCAAUGUUUCACUGCAACACGGGAUAAGAAUGCUAAGAGACGCUGAAUGAUGAGAUCCCUCUAAGUCUUUCCUAAGGCUGUGUGGUGUUUUUAAGGACUCCAGAUGGUCACGGUGAUGGAAUCCGACUUUUCUCUACUCUCCUCCUCAAAGGGAGAGUUCAAGCCUGAAGAUUACAUCCAGCCGCAUUACAAGGAAGCGUAUCGGUUAGCCAUAGACUGCCUGGUCAAAGAUGGAGAAGCGUCUUAUCAGAGUUUCAUCAAAGAAGAAGGCAUAGGUGAUUUUCUCUCUCCGGAGGAGAUCCAGCAUAUAUCAGAAAACGCCGUACAGCCGCCAACCGGGAACCACUCUGAAGAGGUGGACUGUCCGCGGGACGAUAACACAUCUACUGGGACAUAUUGGCCCACUCAUUCUGACACCGACCCACCAAACUUGGAUUUAGGCUGGCCGGAUGUCCCGCUCAGAAAACUGGAGACCAGCAUUGACCUGCUAUUUCAUCCGCCGAGGCAGAACAGCCCGACUAUCAAAGAAGUGAUCCGGAAGCAGAUACAGGACGCCAGGCAGGUUAUAGGCAUCGCGAUGGAUGUUUUCACUGACGUAGACAUCUUUAAAGAAGUGGUAGAUGCCUCCAUCAGGGGAGUUCCUGUCUACAUUCUGCUCGAUCACAAUCACUUCAAGAGCUUUCUGUCCAUGAUUGAAAAACAGGACAUCCAGAUACAAAAACUCAGGAAUAUGAGGAUACGGACAGUAAAAGGCCAGGAGUACUGCUGCAAGUCUGGGGUGAAGUUUCAUGGGGCAAUGGAACAGAAAUUUCUUCUUCUCGACUGCCAAAAAGUGUUUUUUGGAUCAUACAGUUUCAUGUGGUCCUACGAGAAGAUCAACCUCAGCAUGGUUCAGGUCAUAACGGGCCAAUUAGUAGAGACCUACGAUGAGGAAUUUCGAACUUUGUUCGCUCGAUCCACAAUCCCAGAGCCAUUUGCUGUUAUAAACCAAGCUGAAAUGAGGAUCAAUGGCAAAACAGAUGGAUAUCUGAUCCCUUCCAGCAACACCUUCGAAAGGAAUGAUCAUUUGCGACACACACUUGAUGCUGUUUACAGACAAACCUGUGAAAGGAGAUCAGGAUUUUCAACACUGAGAGAAGUCGAAGAAAGGCCUCUUAUUACACCACACGCUCGACUCCUUCAAGACACGUCUGAGUUUUACAAAAGACACAGCUACGCCGGAGAGCGCCAAGAGCCUGUAUAUCAGCAUAAAGUCUCCAAAUUUGGCUCCAGUAACUGGAACAUUGCAGCAGAAAGCAACCGCUAUGGUGGAUACGUCAACAAUGUGGACAAUCAGUAUGAAAGCUACAUCGUAAAUCCAAUGUUCAGAAGCUCAAACAUGCGGCAGUCAUAUCACGGGCACGACAAACACAUCCUCAACAUGAGGCAAAACCUGCCCAGCUUAGCGAACACCUCCAAGUCGUUCCUUCGGACAUGGAGGAUAGAGUCGUACCUUAAUAACAACAACGAUGCACCAUAUGGAGAGAACUACGAUUAUCUGGACCAAUAUGAGGAGAAUAAAAUGGCUCCUCCGCAACACUCUCGCAUCAGAUCGUCGAUGGUUUUUACAUCCACCAUACCAGAACAACCCGAGACCAACAGCUACUCCAACAACUCCAUGUCCUCCAGUUAUGAUCCGGCGCAAAUUCAGUCAAACGCUCAGAGGAUGUAUUCGUCGACGCAGUGGAAUCAGGCAGACAUGCUAAAAAGGCGCAGUUUACAGGUUCUGGAAAACUCAGGGAUUAAUAUGAGCUACAACUCUGGGAGGGAUGCAAUAUAUGCGAGUUUAAACCGAGCUAAAAGUAGAUUCGCCAUCCAAGAGCAAGAUGAUCGCUUUAAGAGGCACAGUUUGGCUGAACCUAGAUGCAAUACGUAUAACAGCGACAUAAACGAGACCUCUAGUUACAUGUACGCAUCUUUACCAAGAAGGCAACGAAGUUGCAUUGCACCAACAAUUGAGAAUGCGAGAAUUCUGCCGAAUUUCAAGGAAGAGCAGAGAUCGGUUUCGCAUCAAGAUUUCAACAAGGCAGAUGAGAGUGCAACUACCUCGAGAAACACGUGGCAGGAGCCUCCAGUGAGAACGGUGUCAGCUUCGCUCCUGGACACGGAGGAAAGUCAACCUUCAAAACCCAGCAGCACAUCAUCCCAGCACUUCUUUAAAAAGAGCAGCAAGAAAAUCAAAUCCCUUCUAAACAUCCCGCAAAAGAGCGACAGCUCGAGCAAAGGAAAAAAUUCGGACAGCAUCAAAAUGGGAAGCAGCACUGAUACAAUUCUCUCAGAUUGUGAUGAGAAGAAACGACAUGCUAGCACGGCCAAUUCCAACAAAUCCGUGGAGAGCGGCAAACUGCGGCGAGCUAAUGGGAAGAUUGAGAAUCACUCUAGUGUCCUGGCGGGAGAGAAAUCUGCUCCUCGGUUUAGCACUGAAGAGCUUCAUCCUCCGCCCGUGAAUGCAGAGGCUUCCCAAUCGCAGAAACAAUGCUCGGUUGUUGCUCCUAAAGAGAAGCAAGACUCAACAAUAACAAGGCAGGAUCUGUUGCCAAAGCAGCAAGCGCCAGCAAACAGGCUGUACAGCAGAUUUGAGCCACUUUGUUCAUUCGAACCCCGGCAGCCUACAGCAGGCCAGCCUUCAUAUGUGUCUGCACAGAGCCACGCGAGCGAGAAAACCAGGAAUUCUGUCUUUCUAAGGAGACCGAUGAAUGAGCACAACAGUUAUAUGAACCAGCAGACGCAGGGACACGACAACAGACUUGGACGUUUCAUUCAACGGGUUGGGAAUUUGAUACACAAGAACAAGUACUGAACUGAGCAUGGAAACGAUGUUGAGGUGAACAAAUAGGUGCACAAAUACUUUAUUUUUAAUGUCAUGCACUGUCUUGCACCUUCCAGCUGAUCAGAUUAAACACCCUAAUACGCUUAUUUCACGCGGCCGCCAUUUUAAAGAAUCAAAGCGAGGCUGUGGUGGGAAGAAACACGGAAGUAUAGGUCCAGCACUGUAAACAUUGCAGUAACAUGCCGUGUACUAUAAACCUCCAGAUUUCAAAAUUCAGAAAUGGUGUAACCAUCACUUUAAUAUUAUUCAGUAAGUUUAUUUUAAACAAUUAAAAGCAAUUUAGCAUCAAGCAAGAUCACAAUCUCAGUGAUACGCUUAAGUGUCCUC